AUCGAUUCAUUCAUUCAUUCAUUCAUAUCCAUCCAUCCAAAAUCCUCUCUUUCUCUCUCUCUCUCUCUACUGUAAUUUCCUCACAGAUCUUCUUUCCUUGUAAUAGAUGCAGUCAUAAUCUCUCUUUCCCUAUUGUUUCUGUCUCUAUCUCAUACCAGAUCUAAAUCAAUUUUUCCUUCUCCCAACCCAUGUCUUCCUUUCGUCCAGAUCCGCCGAUCAAGAUCCAUCCAGAUCCAUACUCUUUCCUAUCAGGAAUCGAUCACUUCGACAGACUACCCGAUUCCAUUCUCCUCCUUAUCUUCAACAAGAUCACCGAUGUCAAAGCCUUGGGUAGAUGCUGCAUCGUAUCCCGCCGCUUCCACACUUUAGUCCCUCAAGUCGAAAACGUAGUCAUCCGCGUCGAUUGUGUCAUCUCCGACGACGAUGCAUCCGCCGCCGCCGCCGGAUCUAUCGACAAGUCACGCAGCACCUUCUCAAACCUUAUCCGUCUCGUUUUCGGUGGAAUCGUUAGGCCGAUUCAAGCCUUGGGUCAACUAUUAUCAUCGAAAAGAUCAACCUUGUGUUCAACUUCCUCCCUGUCAGUUGGUGGUGGAAAUUCAUCUGGAAUCGAUGAAGAUCUUCAUCAUGGAGGCGUAACCCAUCACUCCCCAACUCAGGUUUUGAAGAAUUUCAACGAGAUUCGUUCCCUUAAAAUCGAAUUACCAAAUGGUGAACUGGGUAUUGAAGAUGGAGUUCUUCUGAAAUGGAGAGCGAAUUUCGGGUCAACUCUUGAUAACUGUGUGAUUCUCGGUGCUUCCUCUGUUGUUUAUCCUAAUAAGCAUGAAGAAAUUGUCAACAAUGGCGAUGUGUUUUGCAAUGGUGGAUCUGGAGAUGAUAAUGGAAGCAUACCUGAAUCGUUUUACACAAAUGGAGGUCUGAAAUUGAGAGUAGUAUGGACUAUAAGUUCACUGAUAGCUGCUUCAGCUAGGCAUUAUUUACUACAACCGAUAAUUGGUGAUCACAAAACAUUGGAUAGAGUUGUAUUAACAGAUGGAGAUGGACAGGGAGUUGUGAGUAUGAACAGGGGUCAGUUGGAGGAGUUAAGAGUGAAACCAUUGUCGGCUUCUUCAGCUUCAAAGAGGACACUUGUGCCUGCAUUGAAUAUGAGACUUUGGUAUGCACCAGUAAUUGAAUUGGGAGAUGGAACAGUGAUGAAAGGUGCUACUUUGGUUGCAAUUAGACCAAGUGAACAUCAUCAAUCUGAUGUUGUUUCAUCUGACUUGUCUUGGAUUUCAUCUGCAUUUGAUGAUCAUGAAUCAUAUGGGUUAGCUGCAAAGAUGCUUGUCAAAAGAAGAACUUAUUGUCUAGAGAUGAAUUCCUUUUAACUGCAAUAUGUUCAAGGAAAAUUGAAGAUGGGAUGAGAUGAGAUGAGAUUUGGUUGAUUGAGGAACAAAAGUAAUGUGAAUAUUUUUUUAGGAAUUUACCACUCUUGUUUUAUUGUUCUUUGUUAUUGUUCUUUGUUAUAUCAGUAUAUGUCUUGAACUUAGUAUUAUUAUUAUUAUUCUGUUUUCCAGUAUCUUCAAAAUGUUUGUAUUAUUACAAGUCUUAAACAUUAAAAUAAUAAAAAUUGAGUCAUGCAUU